CCAAAGCGCACAGAUCAUCAUCAACACACACGGUUCACCUGAAGACUGGAGGAUGGACGCAGCAUACAAGAAGUCAAUGGAACCUACGGCCCCGGAGGCAGAGUGAGGAAAACGGCACACGGAAGAGAAGGGGCUCCAUGUACUUGGAGGAGGAGACCAAUAAGAAGUCAGAGGUGAUCUCCUGCAUCUUCUCUCUCAAAGAGGAGGUUGGAGCGUUAGCCAAGGCCCUGCGCCUCUUUGAGGACAAGGGCAUCAACCUGACGCACAUCGAGUCACGUCCAUCACGGAUGAACAAAGACCAGUAUGAGUUUUUCAUCAGCGUUGACUCCAGCAGUUCCCAGGCUCUGGAUGAAGUCAUCGACGGCCUGAGGACACAAAUCAGCGGCCACGUGCAUGAGCUAUCACGCAACAAAAAGAAGGACACAGUGCCAUGGUUCCCUAUGAUCCAGGACUUGGACCGCUUUGCCAACCAGAUCCUUAGUUAUGGGUCUGAGCUGGAUGCUGAUCACCCCGGCUUCACAGAUCCAGUGUACAGAGCCCGCAGGAAGGAGUUCGCAGACAUCGCUUACAAUUACAGACAUGGCCAAAUUAUCCCCAGGGUGGAGUACACAGAAGAGGAGAAGGCCACAUGGGGCACAGUGUUCAGGGAGCUGAAAACUCUGUACCCGACUCAUGCCUGUCGUGAGCACAACCGGGUCUUCCCCCUCCUGGAGAAAUACUGUGGCUACAGGCAGGACAACAUCCCACAGCUGGAGGACGUGUCCCGCUUCCUGCAGUCGUGCACAGGCUUCCGGCUUCGUCCGGUGGCUGGUCUGCUCUCCUCCAGGGAUUUCCUGGGCGGGCUCGCCUUCCGCGUCUUCCAUUCCACGCAGUACAUUCGUCAUGGCUCCAAACCCACGUACACCCCUGAACCGGAUAUCUGCCAUGAGCUUCUAGGACAUGUACCUCUGUUUGCUGACCCUGGCUUUGCCCAGUUUUCACAGGAAAUUGGUCUAGCAUCCCUUGGUGCCCCUGAUGAGUACAUAGAGAAACUUGCUACUGUGUACUGGUUCACUGUGGAGUUUGGCCUGUGUAAGCAGGGCUCAGAAAUCAAAGCAUAUGGAGCUGGCCUACUUUCAUCAUUUGGAGAGCUGCAGUAUUGCCUGUCAGACAAACCCAAGAUCAUGCCCUUUGAACCGGAAAAGACCAGUCUCCAGAAAUACCCGAUCACAGAAUACCAACCUGUCUACUUUGUUGCCGAAAGCUUUGAUGAUGCCAAAGAGAAAGUGAGGAAAUUUGCAGCCACUAUUCCCAGGCCAUUCACAGUUCGCUACAAUCCAUAUACUCAGAGUAUUGAAGUGUUGGAUAACACCCAGCAGCUCAGGAACCUGGCUGAUUCCAUCAACUGUGAGAUGGGGAAACUGUGUGAUGCUCUGCGGAAACUAGAGUAACUGUACCUUUUAUUUGAGCUGAAAUGCAACAAAAAUCUUAAUAUAACAGUCAUCUAAUUUUGCUGCUAGCCUCUUGUUAUGCUUUGUAUGCUUGCAAUUUAGCCUUUUUUGUAUUAAAACAUAUAUCACUGUAUUCAAUUACCACUAAACAAUCUGUGUAUUUUAGUUAGCUGAAUAAAAUGUACCCUGUUACUUAUGCAACAUAAUAGCCAGAUGAAUGUGUCAGUACUCUAAUAGUUUGAAUGUUAUUAAAAAGAUGUGCUUUUCUAAAACAAGACGGCUUUGUGAAAUCAUCAGAUGUGAGCAUCUAACUUGUUUUUUUUCUUGCAGUGAUCUUCUAUGCAUAUCGUAUGGAAAUGUGCCAUAUUGAAUAGUGCUUGGCUAAAUUAAAUGUUUUGUAUGCAUGUAAGGUUUUAAUGAAAAAAAACAAAUAAAAAAA